UGAUUCAAAGGCUGCUCACUAGUACCUAUGACCCUGGGUGCUGGGGUCUUUGGGCAUCUGGCCAGUGCGCCAGGCUGGCCUGAAGGGGUUCCUCCGCCAAGGAAGCCUCUGCUUGGCCCUCCUUUGGUUUCAGGAGCCCCUCCCAGGGCCACUAUUCCCUGGAACCUGAUGGCAUCAAAUGAUGACUUUGGCUCAUAUUAUCCUGGCAAUCCUCAACCUGGGGACCUGAUUGAAGUAUUUCGUCCAGGUUACCAGCACUGGACUUUAUAUCUGGGUGAUGGCUAUGUCAUCAACAUGGCCCCAACAGAGGACAGCUCCCCUGUUCCAUUUACAAGUGCUAAAUCCGUAUUUAGCAAAAAGGCCCUGGUACGGAUGCAGCUCUUGAAAGACGUAGUGGGGACCGACACUUACAGGAUCAAUAACAAAUAUGAUGAUGUGUACCCGCCGCUGCCACUAGAUGAAAUCAUCCGCCUGUCGGAAUUCCUUAUUGGCCAGGAGGUGUCUUAUGACCUGCUGGUCAACAACUGCGAGCACUUUGUGACUUUGCUCCGAUAUGGAGAAGGGAUUUCAGAGCAGGCCAACCGAGCUAUUGGUGCCAUUGGGAUUGUAACUGCUGCUGCCGGCGCCUUCUCCCUCCUUGGCUUGUUUCCGAGCAAACAAAGGACUGGCCUUCUGGGGAACAGGUAUAAGAGGAAUUUACUUGGAAAUGAAGAUAAUGUUACAAAAGAGUAACAAGUUUGACUUCAGAAGAACUGGAAUUGAAUGCUGGCUCUCCUACUAACGUACAACCUGUCUGACCUUUACCUCCCUGGGCCUCCCUUUCUUUAUCUGGAAAAUGAAGGGGGUUGAUGAGAUGACCUCUCAGUUCCCUUCCAGCUUUGAAUCUCAUGACCCUAUGAACAUUUGUCUGUGAACGGAAAAGGAAAGAAUUGGGACAGACCAUAGUGUGGCCAUCA